CACAACCUGAACUUGUCUGUUUUCCCUGGAGAAAAGCAACAUAUUGCUGCUCAGUAAGAAAUGAGGUCGAUCUGUCUGCCUUUCCAUAUCCUCCAUAUUAUUAGCUGACACUAAAACAUCUUUCUGUUCUGAUUUUUGUAGGGGGCUUUUUCUCCACCAUCUUUUCCAGUUUGUUUGGAACUCGAGAGAUGAGGAUUCUCAUCCUGGGACUGGACGGAGCAGGAAAAACAACCAUUCUCUACAGGUUACAAGUUGGAGAAGUUGUUACCACCAUUCCAACCAUUGGCUUCAAUGUUGAGACAGUGACUUACAAGAAUCUGAAAUUUCAAGUUUGGGACUUGGGAGGACAGACAAGCAUAAGGCCCUAUUGGCGGUGUUACUACUCAAAUACAGACGCAGUCAUUUAUGUAGUGGACAGCUGUGAUCGAGACAGAAUUGGCACUUCAAAAUCAGAGCUUGUUGCUAUGUUAGAGGAAGAAGAGUUGAAGAAAGCCAUUUUGGUGGUGUUUGCAAAUAAGCAGGACAUGGAACAGGCCAUGACUCCCACAGAAAUGGCAAACGCGCUUGGCUUACCGGCUUUGAAGGACCGAAAAUGGCAGAUAUUCAAAACCUCUGCGACUAAAGGCACAGGGCUUGAUGAAGCAAUGGAGUGGUUGGUGGAGGCCUUGAAGAGCAGGCAGUGAUACAAAGCUGACUGCUGCAAAGAAGUUUCAGCUAUAUCCAACAACCAUCCUUCUUUCUACAGACAGGUAUUUUCAGGCCACAAAUGCUUGUAAAUAGGACAGAUUUGAGUUUGACUCCUGUAACAUGGAUGCCUCUCUUGAUUGUAAAACUGAACCAAGUGAAUGUCUGUGUACAGUAUGAUAUUCCAUUUCUUUCUUUCUGUUUAAAAGAUGUACUUACAUUAAUUUGUAUAAAAGUCUUACUGGCUGGGAAAGGGGUUUUUGUGUGUGUCCCUCCCCCCCCUUUGGUGGUUUUAAGUUUGAGUGGCUAUAAUAUUCAUGUAAUUAAAACACUAAUAAAAUCUGGAACUGUCAGCU